CCAUAGGCGACACUAUCCUAACCGCUCCAAACAUAUUUAUUAUUAAUAAUAAUAAUAAUAAUAAUAAUAAUAAUAAUUGGCUAAAUUAAACCACCGCUCUGCAAUCUGCAUUCCACGUCUUCCUCGCUCUGCAAUCUGGAAAUUUUUUAAUGCUUGCUUCCCAUUUCGAAUCCACUCGCUGGAUCUGCAGGCGCCCACUGUUCUGUAGCCAAAGUUUUUGCGAUUUCUCGAAUCUCCACUUUAUGCGGCGUAGGGACUGCUGGAAUCGAUACGUUUCUUCGGCUGAUCUCGGAUUUAGUUCAUGUCUUGUGUCUGAGAAAUGUUUACCAUGCAUGUGUUCUCGAUCUCGGUAUUUCUCCGACUUUGAUUCAUGAUUGAAGAAAGCAUCGUUCUGCACGUGGUUCCGCGUGUUUGGGGGAACACAUUGGAUAUCCAUUUGUCGUUUUUGAAGUGUUUCUGCGGCGAGGAUGAGAUGGAUUCAGUAGGCUUUUGGAUGACAAUCAAACUGAUGAUUUGGUUUGGUUGUUCUUCGUCUGGUUAUGGCGGUGCGGUUUUCUUUGGAUUGGGGCAAACCGUCGUGCUGCUGAAACGAUGAGUGGUUUCGGUAGAAGUGUUUCCUUCAAACAAAGGGCUGCAAACGCAGGCAGCCCGAGGUUAAGUAGGAAGACAUGGGUGUCGCGUUCGUUUCAGGUUCUAAUUGCCAUAGGAUCGUUCAUUUCAUUCCUUUUAGCAAUCGGUUGUGCUUACUUGUAUGUUCUGCCCAAUCUCACACACGCUUUCCAUGACCAUGAGUUUGGAUUUAUACUUUCUGAUGGUGCCAAGAAUGUUUGUGAUGUGUUCGAUGGAGAAUGGGUGUUAGAUGAUGAUAGUUACCCUUUGUAUAAUGCUUCACAUUGUCCUUUUGUAGAGCAAGGCUUUAAUUGCUUGGCUAAUGGUCGAACAGAUGAUGAUUAUCUUAAGUGGAGGUGGAAGCCGAAGGGCUGCAAUCUUCCUAGAGUCGAUGUGUAUCGUGUUUUGGAAGCAUUCCGGAAUAAGAGAAUUGUUUUUGUUGGUGAUUCGAUGAGCAGGACUCAGUGGGAAUCUUUGAUAUGUUUGCUUAUGACAGGUGUGGAAGAUCAGAGAAGUGUUUAUGAAGUGAAUGGAAACACCAUAACAAAGCAGAUUAGGUUCUUAGGUGUAAGGUUUGAGACAUUUAAUUUCACCAUUGAGUUUUAUCGAUCUGUUUUCCUUGUCCAGCAUAACUGGUCUCCUAGAAAUGCACCUAAAAGAGUCAGGUCGACUUUGAGAUUGGAUAAAUUGGAUGAUAUAAGUAAUGAGUGGAUCGAUUCGGAUGUUUUGAUAUUUAAUUCUGGUCAGUGGUGGGUUCUGGGGAAGCUUUUUGGAACGGGAUGCUAUUUCGAGGUUGGUACAUCAGUAGAACUUGGAAUGACUAUUGCCGAGGGCUACAGAACUGCGCUGCAGACUUGGGCAUCUUGGGUCGAAAGUGCAGUCAAUCCCGAGAGAACACGCAUCUUCUUCCGAACUUUUGAGCCCUCCCACUGGAGGAAUCUGACCCUGCGGCAAUGCAAUGUGACCAAAUCACCCCUUACAAGAAUCGAAGGAAAUGAAUUUAGUGAAUAUUCGGAUACCGUACUGGAUGUGGUGCAUAACAUGACAGUCCCUGUUACCGUUGUUCAUAUAACUCCCAUGUCAGCUUAUCGCAGUGAUGCCCACGUGGGUACCUGGAGCGACCGUCCCUCUCUAUCUGAUUGUAGCCAUUGGUGUCUACCUGGACUUCCUGAUAUCUGGAAUGAAAUUGUCCUCUGGUAUCUGUUUGGCAGCCAUGGAAGCAAUCCCAAGUGACCUUUAAAGGUAAGCUUAUUCGCCAAUUCGAUUUCUUGCAGAAGUGCCAUCGACUUCAAGAUUGGCUCGACAUUGUAAAAUGUUCUACAACAAACAAGAUCAGAGAAGUUCUCAACAGAAACUUGCUGGCUGUGUGUUGCGCCGCCGGAUUCUUUUUCAGCAGUUAAAGGAGAUGAAACUAUGGUUUUCUGGUGCCAAAUCCCUGUCAAGUCUGUGGGAUUUUUAUAGUGUUGUAAGUUGUGACUAUAAACAUAGAAAUGUAGAAAAGUUUUGCAGAAUGGAAGUGUGUUUUAUUCAAA